UUCACCACCACAACUACAUCGUCACUUAUUUCUAGUAGUCGACCAUUCUCACUUUCUUCUAUCAAAAUGUCUAACGAGGAGAUCACCCACCCCACCAUCGUCGAUGGCUGGUUCCGAGAGAUCUCGGACAUGUGGCCCGGCCAUGCCAUGACCCUCCGAGUUGAGAAGGUCCUCGUCCACGAGAAGAGCAAGUACCAAGACGUCCUCAUCUUCAAGUCCACCGACUUCGGCAACGUUCUCGUCCUCGACAACGUCAUCCAGUGCACCGAGCGUGAUGAGUUCUCCUACCAGGAGAUGAUUGCUCACCUUGCCCUCAACUCCCACCCCAACCCCAAGAAGGUUCUUGUCAUUGGUGGUGGCGAUGGUGGUGUUCUCCGUGAGAUCGUCAAGCACGACUGUGUCGAGGAGGCCACCCUCUGCGACAUUGACGAGGCUGUCAUCCGUCUCUCCAAGGAGCACCUCCCCUCCAUGGCCUGUGGCUUCGACCACCCCAAGUCCAAGACCCACGUUGGCGAUGGCUUCAAGUUCCUCAACGACUACAAGAACGAGUUCGACGUCAUCAUCACCGACUCCUCCGACCCCGAUGGUCCCGCCGAGGCUCUCUUCCAGAAGAGCUACUUCCAGCUCCUCCACGACGCUCUCCGUGAGGGCGGUGUCAUCACUACUCAAGGUUGUAUGUUCCCUAUUUUUUUGAGGAAAGCAAAUGGCGUCCCUAGGAACGGCAGAAUCAGGGAACCCUGCAUGGUCAAAGUUGGUCGGUGCAGUAGGGCUCUCCCUCGAUGGGUACAUCACUGUACCGCUUCCCUCCUAGGGACUUCCAGAAGCUAGUGCUGCUUUCCCAGCUCUGCUUCCGGUAGUCCCGUGAUAGCAUGUGUUUCGAUCAAGCGUAUAUGUCAGCCGUUGCUCUGCUCGACCGUGUUAUAUUCUGCUGUUCCUGAACCGUCAUGGUCUUGUUUUAUUAUAUCCAUAGCCUUAUGGACUCUGCUGACUCUUUAACUCACAGCUGAGAGCCCCUGGCUUCACCUCCCCC